AUGAGCAAGAGACACAUCAGUGUGGGUCAGCAAACAUGGGCCCUUCUCUGCAAGAAUUUUCUUAAAAAAUGGAGGAUGAAAAGAGAGACCUCGUUGGAAUGGGUUUUCUCAUUUCUUCUGGUACUGUUUGUUUAUCUGUUUUCCUCAAAUUUGCAUCACUACGUUAAUGAUUUUCAUCAAAUGUCUGCCAUGGAUCUGGGACGAGUCGAUAGUUUUAAUGAUUCUGAUUACGUUGUUGCAUUUGCACCCAAAUCCGAAGCAACCCAGGAGAUAAUGAACAAAGUGGCUUCAGCCUCAUUCAUGAAAGGAAGAACAAUUAUGGGAUAUCCUAAUGAAGGAGGAAUGAGUGAAUUGGAAUUAAACGACUCUAUUGAUGUAGUAAGAAUUCUCUUUAAUGAUACUUUCUCAUAUCAUUUGAAGUUUUCUUGGGGACAAAGAAUUCCCAGGAUGAAGGAAUAUAGAGACCAUUCAGCUCAUUGUCAUGCAGUGGAUGAAAAAUUGACAUGUGAAGGUUCAAAGUUCUGGGAGAAAGGUUUUGUAGCUUUUCAAGCCGCCAUUAAUGCCGCUAUCAUAGAACUCACAACCAAUCAUUCAGUGAUGGAAGAACUCAUGUCAGUUACAGGGAAACAUAUGAAGACAUUACCUUUUGUUGCCCAAGGAGGAAUUGUGACGGAUUUUUUCAUUUUCUUCUGCAUUAUUUCUUUUUCUGCAUUCAUACACUAUGUAUCAAUCAAUGUUUGUCGAGAAAGACAAUACAUUAAAGCAGUGAUGACAAUGAUGGGACUUCGAGACUCGGCAUUCUGGCUCUCCUGGGGUUUGAUGUAUGCUGGCUUCAUUCCUAUUAUAUCCACUUUGAUGGCUCUGAUUAUAAAAUCUGCCCAAGUGAUUGUCCUGACUGGCUUCAUGGUGGUCUUCAUCCUAUUUCUCCUAUACGGUCUGUCUUUGAUAACUUUAGCUUUCCUGAUGAGUGUGUUGAUAAAGAAGCCUUUCCUCACUGGUCUGGUCAUGUUCCUCCUCACUGUGUUUUGGGGCAGCCUGGGAUUCACUGCAUUGUACAGACACCUUCCUGCAUUUCUGGAGUGGACCUUGUGUCUUCUUAGCCCCUUUGCCUUCACUGCUGGAAUGUCCCAGCUUAUCCAUUUGGACUAUGAUGUGAAUUCUAACCUCCCUUUGGGUUCUCCAAGCAACCCAUCUCUAAUCAUAGCUACCCUCUUCAUGUUGCUGUUGGAUGCUCUUCUCUAUAUGGCACUGACAUUGUAUUUUGACAAAAUUUUGCCCAAUGAAUAUGGACACCGGCGGCCUCCCUUGUUUUUCCUGAAGUCCUCUUUUUGGUUUCAACGCCAAAAGGCUGAUCACGUGGCUCUUGAGAAUGAAACAGACUUCGAUCCUUCAUCUAACAACUCUUUUGAGCCAGUGCCUCCUGAAUUCCAUGGGAAAGAAGCCAUCAGAAUUAAAAAUCUUAGAAAAGAAUAUAAAGGAAAGCAUGAAAAAGUAGAAGCUUUGAAAGAUCUGGUAUUUGACAUAUAUGAAGGUCAGAUCACUGCUCUCCUUGGUCACAGUGGAGCUGGGAAAACCACAUUGUUAAACAUACUCAGUGGACUGUCGGUUCCAACAUCAGGUGAGGGGAUAAUGGCCCAAAGACAAAUUUUACUGCUGGAUGAACCCACUGCGGGACUGGAUCCUCUUUCAAGGCACCGGAUAUGGAGUCUCCUGAAGGAGCGCAAAUCCAACCACGUGACACUCUUUAGCACCCAGUUCAUGGAUGAGGCUGACGUCUUGGCUGAUCGGAAGGUGUUCAUCUCCAAUGGGAGGCUGAAGUGUGCGGGUUCCUCUCUGUUCCUAAAGAAGAAAUGGGGCAUCGGUUACCAUCUAAGUCUACACCUGAAUGAAAUGUGUGAUCCAGAGAGCAUUACAUCACUUGUGAAACACCACAUCCCUGAUGCAAAAUUAACAGCACAAAGUGAGGAAAAGCUUGUGUAUAUUUUGCCUUUGGAAAGAACAAACAAAUUUCCAGACCUUUACAGGGAUCUUGAUAUAUGUUCUAAUCAGGGCAUUGAGGAUUAUGGUGUUUCCAUGACAACUUUGAAUGAGGUGUUCCUGAGACUAGAAGGAAAAUCAGCCAUUGAUGAAUCAGAUACUGGAAUACAAAGAGAUGGGGCAAACGAUGUGGGAAGUCUUGUUGGCCUGGAAACAGUCUUGUCUUCCCUCAAUGAACCGAGGAAAGAAAUGAGUACCAUGAGCCUCUGGAGGCAGCAGCUCUGUGCAAUAGCCAAGGUUCGCCUCUUGAAGUUAAAGAAUGAAAGAAAAAGCCUGUUGGCUGUGUUAUUGCUUUUUGGGAUUAGCUUUUUCCCUCAACUUUUGGAACAUUUAUUCUAUGAACUGUAUCAAAAAAAUUAUUCCUGGGAACUGUCUCCUAAAAUGUACUUCCUCUCGCCGGGACAAGCACCACAAUACCAUCUGACUGAUUUAUUGGUCAUCAAUAAGACAGGGGCAAGCAUCAAGAACUUUAUACAUUCUCUGAGGCGGCAGAACAUAGCUUUGGAAGUGGAUGCCUUUGGAACUAGAAAUGGCACUGAUGACCCCUCAUAUAACGGUGCUAUCAUUGUGUCUGGUAAUGAAAGGGAUCAGAAAUUCACAAUAGCAUGUAAUACUAAAAGGUUGAAUUGUUUUCCUGUUCUCCUGGAUAUCAUCAGUAAUGGGUUACUUGGAACUUUUAAUUCUUCCGAACGUAUUCAGACUGACAGAAGCACAUAUUUUGAAAUAUACAUGAAUUAUGAGUUUGCAUACCUGAGUAACGCCUUCUUCUGGAUACCUGUGGCAGCCUGUUUUACACCUUACAUUGCGAUGAGCAGCAUCAGCGAUUACAAAAAAAAAGCUCACUCCCAACUAUGGAUAUCAGGCCUGUAUCCAUCUGCUUACUGGUUUGGGCAGGCACUGGUGGAUAUUCCUUUGUAUUUCCUGAUCCUCCUCCUAAUGCAGAUAUUGGACUACAUGUUCAGCCCAGAUGAGAUUAUAUUUAUAAUUCAAAACCUGUUAAUUCAGAUCCCGUGUAGCAUUGGAUACGUCUCAUCUCUUGUCUUCUUGACAUAUGUGAUUUCCUUCAUUUUUCGCAAGGGGAAAAAAAACAGUGGCAUUUGGUCGUUUUGCUUUAUGAUUAUCACCAUCUUCACGAUAGUUGCUACUGAUGUAAACGAGUAUGGAUUCCUCGGACUAUUUUUCUGCACCUUAUUAAUACCACCUUUCACUCUGAUUGGUUCUCUAUUCCUUUAUUUUGAGAUUUCUCCUGAUUCUAUGGAUUAUUUAGGACCUUUGGAAUCUCAAAUUAUAUUUCUGGCAUUGCUCAUACCAUACCUUCAUUUUUUUAUUUUCCUUUUUGUGCUGCGGUGUCUGGAAAUGAACUUUAGGAAGAAAUCAAUAAGAAAAGAUCCUGUGUUCAGGAUUUCUCCAAGAAGCAGCGACAUUUCUCCAAACCCAGAGGAGCCUGAAGGGGAGGAUGAAGAUGUUCAGGUGGAAAGAAUGAGAACAGCAAAUGCUAUGGCUGCCCCAGACUUGGACGAGAAGCCAGUCAUCAUCGCCAGUUGUCUACGGAAGGAGUAUGAGGUCAAAAAGAAACACUGCUGUACAAAGAAGAAGAAGAAAGUAGCCACAAGAAACGUCUCUUUUUGUGUUAAGAAAGGUGAAAUUAUAGGGUUGCUGGGACACAAUGGAGCUGGUAAAAGUACAACUAUUAGGCUGAUCACUGGAGAAACCAAACCAACAGCAGGCCAGGUGAUUUUGAAAGGCAGCAGCAGCAGAGGAGACACCAUUGGGUUCCUGGGGUACUGUCCUCAGGAGAACCCGCUAUGGCCCAACCUGACUGUGAGGGAGCACCUGGAUGCAUACGCCGCUGUGAAAGGGCUGAGGAGAGAAAAUGCUGUGGCCGCCAUUACACGGUUAGUGGACACAUUCAAGCUACAGGACCAGUUGAAGGUGCCUGUGAAGACUCUAUCAGAGGGGAUCAAAAGGAAGCUGUGCUUCAUGCUGAGCAUCCUGGGGGGUCCGGCAGUGAUACUUCUGGAUGAGCCAUCUACAGGGAUGGACCCUGAAGGGCAGCAGCAGAUGUGGCAGGCGAUCCGGGCCGCCAUCAGCAAAACAGAGCGGGGUGCCCUCCUGACCACCCACUACAUGGCUGAGGCCGAGGCCGUGUGUGACCGCGUGGCCAUCAUGGUGUCUGGAAGGCUCAGAUGUAUCGGUUCCAUCCAACACCUGAAAAGCAAAUUUGGCAAAGAUUACCUGCUGGAGAUGAAGGUGAAGGACCCCUCUCAGGUGGAGCCCCUCCAUGCCGAGAUCCUGAAGCUUUUCCCUCAGGCUGCUCGGCAGGACAGAUUCUCCUCCCUGAUGGUCUAUAAGUUGCCAGUAGAGGAUGUGCGACCUUUAUCUCAAGCUUUCUUCAAACUGGAGAUCGUUAAGCAGAGCUUCUACCUGGAGGAAUACAGUCUGUCUCAGUCCACCCUGGAGCACGUGGAACUUUCCAAGGAGUAGGAGAUGGAUGACUUUGAUGAGGAAAUUGAUCCCUCAGUGAAGUGGAAAAUUCUCUACCACGAAGAGCCUCACUUUUCAAAUAUGUUAUAUGUUUUUAUAAAAGAGUCACCAAUUAUCUGCCAGUUUGGCACGCUGGGGUGGCUUGCAUGUUACUGUGAUUCUGAAAACUAUGUCACCGGUCUUUUGAAUGCUGGCAAGGUCAUCCAUAGUGAAUAG